CCCAAUCCCCUCCGCCGCCGCCUCCUCCCCUCGCCGCCACCAGCGCAAAGCGUCGCUCGUCGGCAUGGCGGACUACGCCCCUCCCCCGGAGGACCAGGCGCUGGAGCUGGGCCCGAGGGAGCCCUUUUACGCCGCGCUCUACCUCGCGCUCGCUCUGCCCGUAGGCCUCGUUGCCUGGGUUCCCGCCAAGGCCCGCGCCGUCGCCAGGUGGCUAUCCGGGGGCCGGCUCCCUGCUCCGGUGGCGGACGGAGCCGAUCCGAUCCGGGGGGAUCCUCCCCGCCGCAAUCCGAGCCUCCUCGACCUCGACCUCGCCCAAGUGGCCGCGGCGGCCGCCGCCCUCUGCGUCGCCAUCGUCGCCGGGAUCCACCCGAUCCCCUCUCUCGUGCAGCGCCGAGCGGACUCGUCGGACUCCGACUCGAGCGGCGGCGACGAGGAGGAGGAGAGCGGACACCACAGCGACCGGCACGUCUGGUACCCACCCAUACAGUCGUUGGAAACAGGGGAUCGCCGUCUCUUCUUCCCCGGCUUGACUGCCUCGGCCCGACAGCUUCCCGACGCUCGGCAAGGCGACGACCAGCUGCACAGACUGUCAGAUGUAGAGAACCCGUUGAUCCUCACGCCAAGCACAGAACGGUUUUCAGGUCCGUGUGGGUUGACCAAUGAAACAACAAGGACUUGGGUGAUGAGGCUCAAAAUUACUACCAAACUUGUUUGUUUAUGUAAGCGGCAAUUACAUCAGCAGAAUCAGGAAUUGGCUGAAGAAUGCUUUGCAGUGGUAGCAAAGCAAUCUGUAGAGCAGAUCCUAGAGGUUGCAUGUUCAUUCAGUGAUGCAAGUUGGUCUGAUGCCCACAUUUCGCAACAACUGACUGUUUUUGACGCGCUUGUUGAUGUCCUAUUCAAUAUACAAGGCCUGCAUUUCAGCGGAUCUGGUGAGGUUGCUGAUAUUAUUAAUAAGAUGGUGAAUGCUUUCAAAGGAGUAAUUCAGAGGACUACAAACAGCAUCCGUAGCAACAAAGAAUCUAUUAUUCAUCCAGCAACUUUUAUUCUCAUACAAGUCCUGGAAUUUUUCAACCGUAACAGAGAUAUGAUCCAGUCAAUACUUGCAACCAGAGGUUACAACACUGGCCAAUGCUCUGACAUGUUAGAUUGUUUGGUAUCUAAGCUCAAGUGCGCAGAAAAAAGUUUCCAAAAAAAGGGGCAAAGGUGCAUAUUCUUUUUGAAUAACAUAAAUUAUGUUUUGCAAAAGAAUUGCCAUUCAGGAUUACUCCCUCCCAAUGUAGAGAGUAAUUUAGUUUCACUGAUUGACCAGUACAUCAUGAGCUACCUUGAGGAAUAUUGGGUUCCACUCCUGAGAUAUUUGGAUGGGGAUUCUCUGAGGAAGCCACGCCGUCUGUCCUUGGAUAAAUUCACUGGAGAGUUCUUUACUGUCUGUGAUAGCCAGAUGACUCGGAAGGUUCAGACUGUGCUCAAGGGGAGACUGCGUCAAGCGAUAGUGGAUUUGAUUGUUCCAAAAUAUGUGAACUUCUUGAGGGCACUAGAGGAAAAUCCAAGAUCUUGGUUAGACAGGAUCGGCCGAGAGAAACCGAUGUGUACUGCGGCGGAACUGGGACAGGUGAUCAGAGGAUUAUUUGAAAGAUAGCAGGAAGCUAGCAGGGAUGGUAGGGCUCCAAAGAAACCUGUACACGUGUAUAUAAGAGAGCAUUUUUAUUUGUUGAUCCGGCCAUGAUGCCAAAGGGGUCCAUGUAUGUAGUACUCCCUCUGUCCGGAAAUACUUGUCAUCAAAAUGAAUAAAAGAGGUUGUAUCUAGAUGUAUUUUAGUUCUAGAUACAUCCUUUAUUAUCCAUUUUGAUGACAAGUAUUUUCGGACGGAGGGAGUAGUAUUUUUAGGUGAUGAGCAUGCUUCCUGUAUUAGUAAGAUUCAGACUAGGGUUGGUGCGGCGUAUAGUUUCUUUUUGUUACGUAUAUGUAGUGCUGUAGAGAAACCUACAGUUUUGUUUCUGUUCCAUGCAUGCAUAGUUUUAGCUAAAGAAAUAUAUGCGCCUUUUGCUGCGCCUGUGCCCAUCGGGCGAUAUGUGGUUCAG